GAUGUGACGUUUUGUCCAAGGGCGGGAGAGAGCGACGUCAUCGAACAUGGCGGCUUCAUCGCGAUGCGAGAGUAUGAGCAUGUGAACCUUCAUGUAAAAUUGAUAUCUUCUAUUGACAUUUUUAUAUUAGAUAAAACAUUCCGACAUGGCAAUGUUUGUACCUGCUCAUACCACGGGCAACCCGUUCCAGCCGAAGAAAAACAAAAAGAGGCCAAAAAGUAAUUUCUGCAUUUUGUGUAGAGAAAUGCUUUUGAAACAUAAUAUACACGAGCACAUGCAUAGUAUGGAUCAUCACAGAGAGCUGGACUCCGUACUGUCCCCGUAGUAUCCCGUGUCACGAUUGCCAAGCGUGUCAGGUGUACUCAAUGAGUCUUGAGCAGUACGCCCAGCACAUCGCCGCCGCUCAACAUCACGUCAAUUUAAAGAGCCUGAUUUUUAAAAAUGUGAAGCCCGUUUCCAUUCACAAGAUUCUCAACAGGGAGACGAUCAAGGGUAUUCUCCAGAGAAACAAAGAUCUAAAGAAGGAGAAGAAGAAAGAGUCACAAAAGCUUAAAAAAAAACGAAGACAACUUAAAGCCAAGAAAGAGGCUCGCCAGAAGAAGGCUGAGCAAAAGGCAGCAAGUGGACAGCAGCCAGUGAUGCGUCAAAACGCUGCUCCGAAUACAUUCAAACAGCAGAUGAUGGGGGCCCAACAGAAACCCAACCACACUGCCGUCAUCCAAAACAAGGGUAACAAACAACUUGCGGAUCAGUACCUCGCCGCCAAAAGAAGCGGCUCUGUCGGGAGCAGUCAAACAUACGGCACAUCGCAGCAUUCCUCGUGGCCCUUGAGGAGGGACCAUUAUAGCGAUUACAAAUACCAGCGUGAGGACCUGAUGGAAUUUACUAGUGAUCACCUCCCUACUCAAGGAAGUGUCAUCUUCAACCCGGAUGAGCCUUGCGCGUCAUCGGAACCAAAGCAAAGCGUGGCUGCCUCUAACUCGCAGCCUAGGCCUGUUCUCACCCAAGAUAUGGACGUCACCACCAUGCUGAGGGAAAUUAGACGGGCGCUGGGUGUGCGGGAGCCAUGUAGGGCGGAUCGUGAAGCCCGAAAGCAAAGCGCCGAGGUGGAAGCGCACCUGUCUCAGCUUUGUUCCUCCUUGGAGACCCUCGAAAAGAACGCAGCGGCACAGGGCAGCGACGCCACCCCGGCCGGUGUCAAAAAACUUGGCAAAACCGCCACAUGGAAGAGCGACACGGCUGAAGAUCAUAAUGACCCCCAACCCUCAGCCGGCAUCCCAUCCAGUCCGCAGCUCGGCUCCACACAGAAGGUUCGGAUCGCUCACAAAGCAGCGGCCGGUCAAAGGUCAGGAGAGGAUUGUCUGAGAAGGGUAACGCCAAAACUUACCUCAAAGCUGACGCCUCAGGCUACCCCUUUCACCGGAGUCGGGUCGAAGCAAAGCUGGAGGCAGAUGUUCAAUGAAGCGAAGAGGAAAAAAGUGGCGCCAAGGUUUGGAAUCGAGAUGGUGAACUCUCUACAAAACAAAACACCGUUUGAUAUGGGUGUCAACGAAGACCUGAUGCUCUCGGAAGGCUUCCACUGGGAGUCGUUGUCCAAUGCAAACAUGCCCCUUACUCCUGCUCCUGCUCCUCCGCCAUCUUGUCUCACUUCAACACCUCUUCCUGCUACCCACGACACGGCGGUGCAGGCGUCUGGCAGUGGGACCCCGUCAACGACAGGAGCGACUGAUGAGGGAGCAUCUUUGACACUGGACAAAUUCUGUGGCCCGACAGCGACAGCGCCAGCAAAGGUGGAACUUGAGCGAGAGAAUAGUGGCUCCAUCAAGAGGAAACGCCACCAUUUACAAGAUAGCGGAGUCCCUGAUACGGAGGCCGUUUUAAAGAAGAGGCCAUUUAAAUUGAACAAUGACCAGGCACCGAUGGACAAGCUUUUGGCGGUGUCGCUCAGGGAAGAAGAGUUGAGUCAAUCACUGCAGGAUGUGGAUAAGUCUCUGGUCCUUGCCCGCAAUUCCUUACAGGCAGCCUACACUGAAGUACAAAGGCUUACGUUGUUAAGGCAGCAGUGCACUGCAGAGGUGGACAGUCUGAGAGCCAAGCGCAUUGAGAUACUGCAGAGCAUGCAAGAAGUGUAUUCCGGAAGCUCGAAGGUGGAGCAGGUCGCCACAAGCUCGGCGGCUGCCUCUCCAGACGGCAUUCGCCUGAGUCCAUCCUCUGUGUCUUCCCUUCCCAUCCUUGUCCCUUCCACCAACGCCCACCAGACCUCCGCUUCGACGCCUUCCGUCAGCCAGCCUCACCCUUUGCCCGCUGUAACACCCACCAUGACGACGAUCAAGCAAGAAGCGGCGAUCUCGGCCGUCGCGAGACAGCCGAGUCCCCACAUCCAAACCGUGUACUCACCUCCCCCCUCGCUGCCCGCUGCGGCUUCUCCCUCAGUGGCUCCGACCAAACAAACCAUCGCGGAGGAUCCAAAUCCACUCAGUCGAGCCACUUCGCUCACCGCGCAGCAGGAGCAAGUAAGGAAGGUGCCAGCUGAAAGCUUUGUAAAAGAGGAAAUUGCCAUGAUUGAUACAAAGAAAGAAAAGGUGGAAGAGCCUCUCUCCUCGGAACCUGCCCAAGAAAAUGAGGCGAAGCCGCUCUUUAAAGGAGAUAAAAACACAUCAGGCAUUAAGAACAAAGGCGAUGAGAAGGCUGACUUGGAGGUGCUGGAGCCCAAAACGGUGAUCAUCAACCUUGAUGACUCCGAGAGUGAGGACUCACCUGAAAUGUCCUCAAAGGUGCCAAGUGCACAAGAGGCGCAUUCGGAAUCUCUUCAAGUGGAAUGCAGGUCUCUAAGUGUGCAGACUCAUCAGCCCAAUCCUUUUAAGAUGAAAACUGAUGUGUCGGAAAGUGAAGCUUCACCACCAGAGCCUGUUGCGGUGACUGGAGAGGAGGAGAUGGAGCCCGCUUUGGGGGUCUUCCGGAACCACACGGGCGCCAUUCAUGGUCUGCAAGUCCACGACGGCGUCUUGUACACGUGCUCCGCGGACAACACGGCGCGAGCUUACAGUCUGGAGAACCGUGAAUGCCAAGCGGUAUUUGAGGGCCACACCAACAAAGUCAACUGUCUGCUGGUCUCCUCCUCUCCAAAGCCAGCCAGACUCUACACCGGCUCCAGUGACAAGACUCUUCGCAUCUACAGCAUAAAGUCGAAAAAAUGUCUGGAGACCAUCUUGUUCCCUGACAGAGUGCUGUGUUUGCACAUGGCUUGGAACACUAUUUUUCUUGGCCUUGCCAAUGGGUCAGUGGCCACCUAUGAUUUAAAGACCUCGAAACCGCUGGAUGUGUUCGAAUGCCACGGCCCCCGAGGGGUAAGCUGCCUGGACACGUCGCAGGAGGGCGCCCGUCGGGUGCUGCUGGUCGGCUCCUACGACAGCACCAUCAGCGUACGAGACGCCAAGAGCGGUUUGCUGCUACGCUCACUGGAAGGCCACACCAAGACUGUUCUCUGUAUGAAGGUGGUGAAUGACUUGGUUUUCAGCGGCUCCAGUGACACGUCUGUUCAUGCUCACAACAUCCAUACUGGUGAGUUGAUACGCAUCUACAAGGGUCACGGCCACGCUGUCACGUCAAUCGUCAUCUUGGGGAAAGUGAUGGUGACCAGCUCUCUGGACAAGCUGAUUCGAGUUUACGAACUCCAGACUCACGACCGGUUGCAAGUGUACGGCGGUCACAGUGAUAUGGUGAUGUGCAUGGCCGUUCACAAGAGCGUGAUCUACACGGGUUGUUAUGAUGGAAGCGUUCAAGCUGUGAAACUCAACCUGAUGAAGAAUUAUCGUUGCUGGUGGCAAAAUUGCAGUCUGAUUUUCGGCAUGGCGGAGCACCUGGUCCAACACCUUGUCAGUGACCACACCAAUCCUAAUCUGGAGGUGGUCAACUGUCGCUGGAGAGGAUGCAGGGGUUUUUUUGCCACACAGCAGGCAGUCAAGGAGGAAGUUCCCGGGCAUAUGCAGAAUCAUGUAGAUGUGGACAGUAAGGUAGAGUCAUGAAGAAACGUGGGCUAGUGCUGUUUCUCCCCGCCCUCCCCCCUUACUUUCUCUCAUUUUUUUCCAUUUCAUUUGGCCAUACGUCUACACGUUAUUCAGACUCCCAAUGAGGACAUGAUGAAAUGUCUGUUGCUUUUCCGUCUUCUGUCAUUUGGGCAAAUCUACAGUUCUUUUUUCCCCCCCUUAAUAAUCAUGCGGAUUCCGCAGAUGUUUUUUUUUUUGCUCAAAUAAGUGUGUAUUGUUCUGACUGUGUAAUUAACACCUACGGAACAACUGCUCAUUUCUAGAAAUAAAAACAGGACAAAAAUCAAA